CCUCCCUGCUCCUCAAGCUGUUGUUGUGUUGUAUGUAUUCAUUUGACGCACAGUUCUAAUGGCACACCAUCUCUCUUCUUCUCUCUCCUCUUCUUCCUCUCUCUCCUCCUCUUCUCUCUCCUCUUCCUCUCUCUAAUUGUCUCUCAUCAUCUUCCUCUCUCUCCUCUUCUUCUCUCUCCUCCUCUUCUUCUCUCCUCCUCCUCUUCCUCUCUCUCCUCUUCUUCUCUCCUCCUCUUCCUCUCUCCUCCUCUUCCUCUCUCUCCUCUUCUUCUCUCCUCCUCUUCUUCUCUCUCCUCCUCUUCCUCUCUCUCCUCUUCCUCUCUCUCCUCUUCUUCUCUCCUCCUCUUCUUCUUCUCUCUCCUCCUCCUCUUCUUCUUCUCUCCUCCUCCAGUUGGAUCUCCAGUCAUGCUGUGUGUUCCUCCCCAACGACAGCCUCCCCUCUCCCAGCACCAUUAUCUGUGGAGACAUCCCCGGUACUGUCCGUAGCUGGUACCACAACCAGGCCACCAUGCCUGGGACUCUGGUAGUCUGCCUGCCCCAUAUCACUGUGCUGUCUGCUGGACACAAACACAUGGAGCCCCUGCAGGACCUCCCCUUCAUGGUGUCCAGGCCCAUACUGGAGGAAGGUGAUGCCUUCCCGUGGACCAUAACCCUGAGCCAGUUCAGUGUGUACACCCUGUUGGGUCAGCAGCGGUCUCUGAGUCUCCUGGAGCCGAUGGGCUGUACCUCCACCCUAGCCGUCACCUCCCACAAGCUGCAGGCCGCGGGCCCCGAAGGACGACACGCCUUCAUCGUCUGUCUGCACGUUGACCUGGAACCUCUGAACAUCAAGGUCUCUAACCCCCAGGUCCAGUUGCUGUACGAGUUGUUCCUGUCCUGGAGGUCAACGUGGGCCCGUCUGGAGAAGAGGGGACGUCAGACCUCCACUAUCCCAGACCCCCACUGGGCCGGCCCCUCCUCCCCUGUCCGCUCCAGCACCGCUCUCCCAGACACCAGCACCUGCUCCCCUUCCGCUGAUUUUGGAUCCCACCGAGGUUAG